AUGAACCGUCGCAAUGCUCCCAUGCCAGAACGCUAUGCGGUGCUGACUGAUCAUGCAUACCCAUCUUCUACGUCGGCGAAGAUGGGGCCGCGGAAUGCUGUAUUUGAGAAGCCUUGGCGGUCUGACUCACCCUUUGAGAAUCCAUACGAAAUGUCUGCUCAGGAGCCUGGCGCCCCCAAGAAGGACGCACAGAACAGCUUUGUAAGUCUGUUUUCAGGGACAUCCGCCCAGCAGAGCUCGGCGGCGGAUCUUGAGGAGCAGAACGAUGCGCGCCUCUCAGGUCUGAGCGAGCGUAUCAAGCUGCUCAAGGACAUUUCGACGGGCAUCGGGAAAGAGGCGCGCGAAUCGACCGCGGAAAUGAACUCUCUGAACGACCUGUUUUCCAACGCUAGCUCCUUGCUAGGCAACACAUUUCAUAAGAUGACGGUCAUGGCGCGCCGACAGCGCGGCUGGUUCUGCAAUAUGAUGCUGUUUAUCAUGCUCGUCAUAUGGAUCUUUGUGUUCCUUUGGUGGUGGCGAAAGUAA